AUGGCUGACAAGAGGGGCAACUGUAUAGGCAACGCCGACGGCUUGGGCGAGACUCGCAAGAAGGAGCUGAUCAAGAGCGGCAUGAAGCUCGGUCUGCAGCAGGAACACGACGUCUUCGUCAUUGACAGCCCCGACUUUCAAGACUCCAUGACAAACGUUUGGGACAAGACCAAGAUCUCUACCCUCCUCGGCCGCGCCUUUGCGCCGCAGCUCGCCCGCCAGCGAGCCGCUGGCGAGGAACCCGACGCCAACAUUGACGUCCUCAUCACCUUUGACUCGACCGGCGUCUCUUCCCACCCGAACCACAUCUCACUAUACCACGGUGCCCGCGCCUUUAUCGCCGCCCUUUCUACCAACCCGCGCUGGCCCUCCCCCGUCGAUCUCUACACCCUGACCUCGGUCCCCUUUGCGCGCAAGUACACCAACUUCCUCGACGCCAUCCCCACGCUCUUCUCCUGGGCAACCACGGCCGGCAGCAACCCCCCGAAACCGCCCAAGAAGCCAAAGAAGGAGGACGACGAAAGCGAUGACGAGGACGAGGAAGACGACAACUACCACCCGACGGCGCUCGUGUUCCUCAGCGAGCUGGGCGCAAAGGGCGGUUGGGCCACGGCGUGGAGCGCAAUGACCACGGCGCAUAAGAGCCAGAUGGUCUGGUUCCGCUAUGGAUGGAUCUCAUUGAGCAGGUACAUGGUCCUCAACGACUUGCGGCUGGAAAAGGUCGAGGCCGAAGAGGAGACCAAGGCGUAA